CUGGGGAGGCCAAAACUUGAUAGUUGGCGGAGAUUUUAACACGGUCGUCGACCCAUCCAUGGACAGAUCCAGGAAUAAAAUGAGUAUUUUGCCAGCUAUGCCAAGACAAGUCCUUCAGGGGUUUCCCAGCCAUGUGCAGCCAAAGUCAGUUCCUCAGUCUCCCAAAAAGCCUGAUGAAGUGAGGCACCGGAUUCACUUGAUCAGGGACAAAGAUGUCAAAGAUCACCAUCCGCAGAAGAAUAUCAAAGAGCUUUCAAAGGAGGAAACUGCUAUUUAUCAGAAUUCGUUCAAGCACAGCAUCUGCAUAGAAAUGCUGUGCCAAGGCUAUCACAAGUCGUUCUCAGAACUCUUUACUCUGAUUCAGAAGUGGAAUGCCUUAAGGGACGCUGGAGGGCCUGGGUCAGCCAUAUGGCAGAAAAAACCCUUGGAGGAGCAGCACGAGAAACUGGAUCAACUUCAACACUUCCUGACCAGGGCUGAGGCAGCCCAACGAGCAGGUUACUAUGAAGAAGUGUACAAAAAUCAGUUUGCACUGGCUCAGUACUUCAAAAGACAUGACGACCAUUGGCUUUCAAAUCACUUUUUCGAAUGCUGUUUUCAGACAGCUUCAAAAAUAAAAACUGAUGGCGGGAAAAAGGAAGCUGAGGCACAUGCAAAUCUUGGGCAGGUGGCUGAAGAUCACGGCCAGUUGGAGAAAGCUGCUGAACAUUAUGAGGCAUUCUAUCAUCUGACAGUAGGCCGAAUAUGGAAAGAUGAGACAGGUCAUACUCACAACUCACUGGCCUGUGAGAACCUCUGGAGAAUAUAUACAUUGCUAUCAGACAGAAUGUUAGAGAAUAAAGAGUGGCAACAGGCCAUCAAAACGCUAAUAAAAGCACUUGAUAUGGCAAGAAAAGGCUGUGCUAAAAAUUUGGAAGGGGAGGCAGCAUAUCGACUUGGUUUGGCCCAUAUUUCAUCUGGAAAUCCACAGACUGCAAUCAAAGCCCUUUCUACUUAUAUGGAAAUCUCUAAAGAGCUUGGAGAUAAAGUUGGGCUAGGAAAAGCAUAUGAAGCUAUGGCAAAAGCCCUGGAAAGCCAAGGAAACAUUGCUGAAAGCAUUGAGUACUUAGAAAGUUUUAUACAAGUCGCCAAAAGCAGCAAUUUAUACCACAGCCUUGCAGGGGCAUGUAUAUGUCUUGGAGAGAUUUUCAAUGCAAGAGGAAACUAUGAGAAAGCGUGCCUGUGUUUUUCUCAAGCUUACGAGGCUGCAGUCAGUCUCGGUGAAAUACCUCUAAUAGAAGAGGCCCAAGUUCAUUUCGGCAUUGCAAAGGCACACAGGAUGAUGCUGGCAGUGAGCAGACACACAGAGGCUGCAGAUUAUGUCAGCAUGGAGUACCUGCUGACAUGGAAGAAGAACAGAAGUGACAUGUUCAGUGACCCUGCAAACACUGGGAUGAAUCCACUCUCCGGCCAUCACCCAUAACCUGCAAGUGCAGUAUAAUGAAUGCUGGGAAAGUAGAUGAAGAAGAGGAAGUGGAAGUCAGAUGGUGGCUUAUAUGUAUAGUCACGUGAGAAUAGAGAUGAUAGUUUUGUGUACAGCUAUACAUACAGUAUCUGACUGGAUACCACAUCAGUUGUAUGUUGCUUUUAAGUGGCCUGUAACCCUGUAGAACAAUAUCCUGCCAACAGAUCUGGAUUAAGAUCUCACGGAGCCCUAGUCAAGAUACACCCUGAUCUGUUCACAUGCAAAGUAUAUCUUUUCUAGAUAAACUUAAAAAUACCCCCUCUAACUACAGAAACAAAAGUAAUGAUAAUUACAAUGUAUGCUAAUCCAUUAUUUUCUGUCAUAAGGGCUAUCCCUGGUGCAGGAAAGCUCCGGAUCUCUCCAUACGCUCAUUUCUGAGCAGCCAGCACGUCAGACACGCCAUAGCAACCUCAUCCUGUGCAAAUGCCCUAUUGCUACCAAGUUAUACCUACCUGAGCACAAUUAAGACAGGCACCCUCCACCCUUUACUUGGUUUACCUGGAGCUGUCAACCUCUUCACCUGGGUUGGGUGGCAGAUUCAGUUCACAAGCAUCAUCAUAAUGUCAGAACUUUCCUGCAGUGCUUUACUUUAGUUAGCGUUAUAUGCAAUAGCAUAACCAGAGAAUCUAUGGUGCCAGCCCUGGUGGUUACAUUAAUGACAGGCUAACACUUUUGGCUUGAGCAAGCAAUAUAGCUGCUUCACACGACCCGAAACCUUUUUUUUUGCAUGUUUUUGCUGAAGUCCUUAUUCAGUGAAUCACAGGAUUUUUGUGACUGCCAUGCAAUACUAACAGUAUUUUUGUGACAUCAUUCACUACUGAGAGCAUUUUUGUGACUGCCAUACAAAACUGAGAGCAUUUUUGUGAUAUCAUUCACUAAUGAGGGCAUUUUUGUGACUCUCAUACAAUACUGAGAGUAUUUUUGUGAGCCCCAUAAAAUACUGAGAUCAUUUUUGUGACGUCAUUUACUACUGAGAGCAUUUUUGUGAUGCCAUACACAACUGAGAUCAUUUUUGUGACGCCGUGCACUACUGAGGGGAUGUUUGUCACCACUAUACCCUAUUGAGAACAUUUUUGUGACGUCAUACAAUAAUCAGAGCAUAUUUGUGACCUAUUUACAUUACGAAGAGCAUUUUUGUAAACCGCCAUGUGAUACUGAGAGCUCGCUAAUGACCAACAUAUGUUACAGAGCAGUUUUGAACAUGACAUGCACUCAGCCUUAAAAACUCAUCCUCAAAAUUCAUUAACUCCUGUAUAAUCAUAACAGCCUCCUUCAACAAACUGUAUAUGACCCCAUUUAUAAACUGUAACUCCUUAUCUCCAAUUAUCAAAUGCCCGUCAUGUUAAUUAAGCACAAUAAAAGCAUUAACCCUGUCAUUACCACGUUAUUCUGUCAAACUUUCCUCAACCAUGCCCAUUACCUCCUCCACUUCUUCCAAUCACAGCCCCCAGCUAUACUUACUGUACCUUUUGCUGGUCUGAUUGUGAAUGCUAUUUUCUGACCCUCUGCUUGCAUUGCUCACUGUGCUGUUGUCAUUUACCAGUGCUGUGGGAAAAGAUCCCAUCUCUUGCUAUAUCUUUUGAGGAGGAGGUAACUCAGACCACCAGAGAGGAAAAGGCAGGGGCCGUGCACUGUAGCAAUAGACUAAACUGCCCUGCUUCAUUCAUCUGCCAGGCUUCUCAAUACAUUAACCAGCAUGGCAGCGCCCCAUGGUUUCGGCUAUGUGCCUGACCUGCAGGGACCUCCCAUGCAUCCCUGUAAGUAUGCAGUCCUGUUGACUGUCCCUAAUUUCUACAUAGGCACCUGCCCCUCCACUCACUGCUAUACUUUCCCCUUAUUCGAAGCUGCAGCAUCUCUUGCAGCAAGGUAAAUAAAAGGAAUAAGAAACUGACUUUUAUAAUAAUAUAGUGACAGGUGGUUGAUGGGCUGCCUAGGUCCCACUGGGCCUGUACUACCUUGUCAAUGGUCCGGCCCUGUCUACUAAGCAUUGCAUCCUACAGGUACAGUAGCAGCAUUUUGUGGACACAGGAAAAGGAGUGACCUUCCUCAUCAUAGAAAUGAAGUAAAAAUUUGUGCAUCACUAAUAAGCACAUUGCGCUGUUUAAAGACAUUAUUCUACGGUAUUUGUGUGAAAGAUUCGGUCAUUCUCUCUCCUCCCUUUUGCCUCCAAACUUCUUGAGCAUAUUGUCUAUAAUCGCCUCACUUCCUUUCUUUCCUCUCAUUCACUGCUUGACCCAUUCCAGUCUGGUUUCCGUUCUCUCCACUCCACUGAAACUGCCCUCACAAAAGUCUGCAAUGACCUCCUUGCAGCCAAAUCUAAGGGACACUACUCUCUGCUUAUUCUUCUUGACCUCUCUUCUGCUUUUGACACUGCGGACCACCCUCUCCUUCUGCAAAUCCUUCACUCUCUUGGUCUGCGUGAUACUGCCCUCUGCUGGCUGUCCUUCUUCCUCUCUGAUCGUUCCUUCUCUGUCUCCUCUCAUGAUGCUACCCCCCCCCCCCCACUUCCACUAACUGUUGGUGCCCCCAAGGCUCUGUUCUUGGUCCUCUCCUUUUCUCUCUCUAUACGUACUCUUUAGGUGAACUCAUUAGUUGUUUUAACUUCCAAUACCACCUCUAUGCUGAUGACCCUCAAAUCUACCUCUCCUCCCCUGAUCUCUCCACAGCUCUCCUCACUCGUACCUACAACUGUCUUUCUGGACUACUGUAAUCUCCUCCUAACUGGCCUCCCUGACAGUUACCUCUCUCCACUCCAAUCUAUCCUCAAUGCUGCUGCCCGGCUCAUCUUCCUCACCAAACGCACUACGUCCACCUCCCCUCUUCUACAAGCCCUUCACUGGCUUCCCUUCCCUUUCAGAAUCCAAUUCAAACUUCUCACACUCACUUACAAAGCUCUCACCCACUCCUCUCCCAUCUACAUCUCUGACCUUUUCUCCCUUUACUCUCCCACCCAUCCUCUUUGCUCUGCUAAUGCACGCCGACUCUCCUGUCUUCUGAUUACUUCCUCCCACUCAUAUCUCCAAGAUUUUUCACGUGCUGCUCCCUUUCUCUGGAAUUCUUUACCUCUCCCCCUCAGACUCUCCACCUCUCUACAAAACUUCAAACGGACUCUUAAGACCCAAUUCUUUACCAAACCCAGCCAAAUCUCAUCCUAACCCUCUGUUCCACGCUCUCUGUGUACCCCCUGUCUGUCUACCCCUCCCCUCAGAAUGUAAGCUCUCACGAGUAUGGCCCUCUUCCCUCAUGUCGUAUCCUUUUCUUACUUUAAUAAUCCUCAACUGCCCAAAUCCCGCAGUUUUUUGGCCACCUUGGAACUUAUCUCUGUGUUGUUUACUGGUGUAGUUAUGCUUAGUUACCCUGUACUUGUCCUAUAUUGUCUUCAACUGUAAGUCACUGUUUUCCUGUUUUGAUUAUGUGCAUAUGUUCUCUGUAAUUGGGCACUGCGGAACCCUUGUGUCGCCAUAUAAAUAAAGGAUAAUAAUAAUAAUUCUCCAUAAUACUGAAUAUAUAUUCUCAAUAUUUGUGACAAUUUGUGAUUUUAUGAACACAGUUUGACCUUACAGUAUUUAAGGUUUUCCAGCUGGUAAUAUCAUACAUUGUUCUAAGUGAUACUUUUCUGUCUCUCUAAUUAGUGUUAUACUUACUUUCACUGGAUAUGUUCACCAUCCCAUUGAAAUGAAAGAGUAGGAAUUAGCCUGUCUGGAGCUGACAGUGGAUGCAUUAUUCUGCAACACUAUUUCUUGCUAAAUAAGACCACUCUUAAAAUACUGCCGACAUAAAUUCUGUGUCUUCACCACAUGAAUAAAUAAUGCUGCACUGACAUAUCAAUCACAUAUAUGGAAUAUAUUGCACACCUUUUAUUUCACAGUUCUGUUUUCUAAUUUG